AUGCUCGGCCGUCUUACUCACUACGCAUUUGAUGCGGUUCUCUUCUCCGCCUUCUUGGCAGGUGUCAAGCGCUCUACGGGCCUCACCCUCAAUUCAGACAAGAUCACGGACAGCAAGGACGUCAAGAAAUGGGUUGACAGCUACCUCGGUGUUGGAGAGUGGAUGAUGGAUCAGUCCGUGGCUGUCAUGGGGUCGUCUUCCUGGUUCGAACGACGCCGGUGA